UUCCUCCUGAGAUCAGGUCGGCAGCAGUUCACUGACAUGGGCAUCCACAUCCAAGAUGGCGCGCAGAUGUGAAAGCUGCAGACGAGUCUUCUGAUGGAUUCCUGAAGAUGAGCUAACUUAGCUUCAUCCCACCCAUGUUUCCAGACAUCAGCGCCACUAUGCUCCAGGAUACCCUCAGCUCCGUGUCUCCUUCCACUUCCCCCACGACUCCUCCAGCUUCACCCUGCAGUAUUAAUGAAUCGUAUAAGUACAUCUUCCUCCCCAUUUGUUACUCGUUUACCUUCAUAUUUAGCAUUACUUUGAAUUUUAUCAUUCUCCACCGUUCCUUCCGUCAAGCCAAGCGCUGGAAUGCUUCCCUCAUAUACAUGGUCAACCUGGCCUCCACAGACUUUAUGUAUGGACUGUCUUUGCCAUUUCUCGUGGCGAGUUACAUAAUGCGUGACCGCUGGGUGUUUGGGGACUUCAUGUGCCGCCUGGUCCGCUUCCUCUUCUACUUCAACCUCUAUUGCUCCAUCUUCUUCCUCACUUGCAUUUCUGUUCACAGAUACCUGGGUAUCUGCCACCCGAUAAAAGUCAUCACCCUGGAGACCAAAAGAGCUGUCAAGAACACUUGUGUGUUGGUGUGGAUCGUAGUGUUCGCUUUGACUUGCCCUAUUUUCCGGUUUGCCCAGACAGGCUAUGUGACCAGAGCGGCAGGAUCGUGGACCAAUGCAAGUACAACUAUUUACAACAAGAGUCACAACAUGCCAUCAUUGAAGGAAAACGUCAGCUAUAAUAGCCUGGGAUUGCCCCAUGAGGAAUACCAGAACUGUUGGGACGAUGCCAUAGACAAAGAAUUUCUUGACUAUAUACCCUACGGGAUUAUUCUACAUUUAAUUGGCUUUUUUUUACCUUUUUCCAUAAUUGCUUGGUGUUACUCUCGUGUAGUCCUCACCAUAUUUAAGACCCUGCAUUCCCAACCCUCAUCCCGCAAAGGACCCAGAAAUAGUGAUAGCAAGGAUGUGGAGCGAAGAGGCCGAAGUGGCUCUGCAGCAGGCGGGAGACGAAACAACGGCUUGUUAAGGGGGAUGGAAAAGGAUGAAGAGGUUUCUGUUUUUCUUGGAGCCCGUUCUCCGUACGCGAGCCGCAGGCGUAAAUCCAUCAGGACCAUCAUCACCAUUACGCUGCUCUUUGCUUUGUGUUUUUUCCCCUUCCAUGUGACCAGAACCAUCUUUCUGCUGCUGAAAGUCACCGGGAAAAUUCCCUGUGAAACCAUGACCACGGUGUCGAUGUGCUACAAGGUGACACGGCCGCUGGCAUCCUUCAACGCGUGGCUGAAUGCUCUUCUAUAUUUUCUGACCAAAGACAAGGUGGGAGCUCACUGCUGUCCAGCAGGGAGGACGAAAAGCCCACAGCAGCCCGAGCCGCUGCUGCCGCUGAGGAUGAUGGGAAAAGGAGACGGUCCAGUGGACGAAACCAUGGGAGACCAGAUCAACGACGAGGAAAAGAAAGAAUUUCACCACCUAUCAUACACAAAAAAAAAAUUGAUUAAAAAAAACACUGAAGGACAGAUAGAUAAGUAG